CACAUCCAGCAUCCGCGCUCAGAACCCAGAGUCCAGACGGAGAACACACAGAGGAUUUAUGGUUAUUGUCAUUAUCUUAAUCAAGGAGAAAAAUAAAAGACAUUUAACUUCAACUUUGUGUCCCUAUGGUCACAGCUAUGCCAGGGGGGAAAAUUGGAAAUUUGGGGAAAAUGUCUUCUUUCAGCCACAGGUCUGCGCUCACCUCCUUGCUGAAGUGGAGCAGGACGUGUGGAAGCGUUGCUGGACCUGUCCGGUGUUUCAGCGUGUGCUAUGGCAAGUCUACUAUGGUUCAGGCUGUGAAUUAACUAUGGGCGCGCUCAUCCUGGAGUCCAACUCCAGCGGCAACUUAACGCCUGCGGUGUCGGAGACCGGGACCGUCUUCCCGGGUUACCUGGUUGUGAUCUUGUCGGUCCUCAUGGUGACUUUGGUUAUUGUUGUGGUGGCAGGGAACGCGCUCGUCAUUAUGGCUUUUGUUGUGGAUAAAACCCUGAGAACUCAAAGCAAUUACUUCUUCCUGAACCUUGCCAUAUCCGAUUUUCUUGUGGGUGCUUUCUGCAUCCCACUGUAUAUCCCCUACAACCUGACUGGAAGGUGGAUGUUGGGAAAAGGACUCUGCAAAGUGUGGCUGGUCAUGGACUACCUUCUCUGCACCGCAUCGGUCUUCAACAUUGUCCUCAUUAGUUAUGACCGCUUCUUGUCAGUCACAAGGGCAGUUAAAUACAGAGCUCAGAGGAACAUGACUCGCCAAGCUGUGUUGAAGAUGCUGGCAGUGUGGGUGUUGGCUUUCCUCCUUUAUGGCCCUGCCAUUAUCUUCUGGGAGACGAUUGUGGGUCAGAGCGUCGUCCCUGCCCACGAGUGCUACGCAGAGUUUUAUUUUACCUGGUACUUCCUCCUCAGUGCUUCUAUUUUUGAGUUCUUCACCCCAUUUGUGUCCGUGGCCUUUUUUAACUUCAGCAUUUACCUGAACAUCCAUCAGAGGAAUGCUUGCAUGGAAGAGGAUGCCAAGCCACAGAGGAAAACUAAAAAGCACAAAGACGGAGGAGGCUGGUCUGUGUUUUUUGUCAAGACUCGGAAGGUGACGUGCAGCGAGCCCGCUGCUGUGUCUGCAGUCAUAGAGGACGACAAUGUCCUGUCCCCCUCUUCUAGUGUGUACCCCGACACCAGUCAGAUCUUUGUGCAGAGGGAGAAAUUCUCUCCAAACAGAAAUGACUCCAGGCUGUUUCAGCACACGGCCUCCUGCAUGGCGCCUGGCCGUAGAACUCCAGGAUCUCGUCUUUCUAGAGAUAAGAAGAUCGCCAAAUCUUUGGCCAUUAUAGUCUGCAUUUUUGGGAUAUGCUGGGCUCCGUACACUCUCCUAAUAAUUAUUCGUGCCGCCUGUAGCGGCGAAUGUGUGGCAAACUACUGGUACGAGAUCACAUUCUGGCUUCUGUGGCUUAAUUCUGCCAUCAACCCUUUCUUAUAUCCUCUGUGCCACAACAGCUUUCGAAGGGCUUUCUCAAAAAUUCUGUGUCCUAAAAGACAAUCAGUGCAGCCUCAGUUUGAGGCUCAGUCCUGCUAGAUGAACUCAACCACAAAGCCAGUAAAUGUCAACACUGUAAAAAUCCAUAUAUGUUCUUCCAUGGAAAAAAAAAAGUUAAGAAGAAAAGUUUACAUUUUAGUGAGCAUUGUGACAUCAUAUUUGAUAGCAAUACCACAUGCAUCAAAAUAUUUUUUGUUUUUAAUGAUAGUGUAGAGCAGUGGACUCUACUGCGUACAGAAAGUGUUGGUCGACAUCAUUGCCCUUCAUUAAAUGGCCCCAGCAAGGCAGUGUCACAUUUCUCAAAUAAUGUAUAUGUUUAUUUUCUAAAAAUGCAUGUUUACAUUCCCUCUAAGUAGGACAGAAAAAAAUGUUUUAGCCUCAUAAACUUGAACAUCUUCAUGUGUUGAAGCUGCAGUGUGUUGACUUGUGUAUCCAGAUAGAGAGUAAUUUUUAGAUUUUAGAUUUUUUGCAUUAAGCCUGAUGUAAAGCACCCAAAGUUGCUAAACUGUCUGUCUGAAAGGAAGCAACAAGAGAGAUGGAGAUGACAGCUUUAACCAUCUUUUUUUGUGAAAGCAGCAGUAAUGAGAAAAACCUUUCAAGUCCCAUUUGCAUAACACAAUGAAAUAAGGAUUUAAUGGUCUCUUAAUGUUCUAAAUCUCCCUGCUCAUGAAACCCUUUUGCUUUACCUUUUCUACAGAGCUGUUGAUCAGAAAAUGAAGCCCCUUUGCAUUUGCCUUAAAAAAACAAUUCAAGCUUUUCAUCAUAGCUAAUGAUGAGUCCUGAAAUUCAAAGUGAGAAUAAAGAAGAGAACUGGGUGUUUCACAGUGAUAUUUUAUGUGGUUUUACACUGCCAACACUGAAUUUCUAUUUGAAAACAUGUUCUCAAGAUGUUAAAAAUCUCUAUAGAAAGAAAACAUUAAACCUUUGGUAAAAUAAGCUCAAUGCCAGACUAAUUGAUUGUGUUCAAGUUAGAAAUGAUUAGCUACAGGAUUGGCUUCUUUAUAUCACAGGUACAGAAACUGAGGUGCUUCCUUUACUUUGGAGAUGUGGCUGCAUGUCUUCCAUAAUGAUGGAGGCUAGAUCCAUUUUAAUAACAUGUACUUAUAAUGUAAGGUGAGGAUUUUUGUACAUAACACACCUAGCUGAAAGCCAUUUUUUUAAUCUGGUCUGUUUUCAAAGUAAGAAAUCAAGUAUAAUGCAGGUAAUACAUUGCUGCUACAAUGUAUUUGUUCUUUGCCAAUAAUUUUACAUUAUAAAACAGCCAACAUUUGAUAACAUGCAGGUUCUCAUCUGAUCAAUAGCUAAAUCAGUUGUAUAUAAUGUAGAAUUUUUGCCUCACUGAGUUCCGUUAAAUAAAUUUAUUUAUUACAGCAUCUCAUUUUA